AUGCCGAAGGAGCCUAUCGCGGAUCAUGGUUUUGCAAUCCACGUGGCAUUUCGGCUGGAUGCGAAGGAUCGCACAGGGUCGGGUAUCUGGAGGCUCCACGCUUCCAUGUUGCGCAGGUCGGGAGUUCGGAAGGUCACUGAGGCGACGGUGCGGCGUACACCGGUCAAUGACGGCAGCAGUUUCGAGCUUCUGCUGUCACGGUUGAGCGUUGGCCUCAGGUCCUACGCGAGGGAGGAAGGGAAGCGUGUGAAGGCCACGCUGGCGCACCUGCAUCGGGCGGUUGCAGUUUUAAAACAAGAGUUAAUGGGAGAUCCAGGCUGUGGAAGGAAGAAGGCGCUACUGGCGGAAAAGGAGCAGCAUCUUAAGGCGUAUCAUGCUGCUAGGCGAGAUAAGCUGCACUUGCAAGCGGGUUUGAUGGCAGAACUUACCGGGGAGAUAGCAUCCAAGCAUCUCUCUGCUAAAGUUCGGGCGCGAAAAGCGAGGACGCAAAUCGCGGAACUAAAGGUCGGCGGAUCCACGGUUGGCGGUCCCAGGCCGGUGCUGGAGGCUGCGUCGGAGUUCUUCACAAAUAUCUUCGGGCAGGACCGCAGAACCGAUUUCACGGGCUGGAAGGUGGCCCCAAGCCGUUGUCUGCAGGAGGGGUUGGCGUCUUUUCUAGAAGCAGAAUGGACGGAGGAGGAAGUUAAGAGGGCAUUUGCGGCAAUGGCGAACAACAAGUCUCCGGGGAGCAACGGGUUGCCGAAGGAGUUGUUUCAGGUUCACUGGGACCUGCUGGGGGGGAGUUUUAUGGCCAUGGCGCGGGAUUUCCAGGCUUCCUCCUCGCUGCCCGAUGAAAUCAAGGAGGCGGUGACGAUCUUACUUCAUAAAAAGGGAGAGAAGGAUCAGCUCAAUAACUACCGCCCUAUCACCUUGUUAAAUUUCACUUACAAGGUCUUGGCGCGGGUGAUUGCGGACCGAAUGAAGACGGUGCUGCACCAGGUCAUCUCCCCAGAGCAGUAUGGUUUCCUGCCGGGAAGGCGGCUGUCGGAUGCGGUGUCCCUGGUGGCAGACAUUAUUGAGGCCGCGAGAAACGGGAGCAAGGACUGGCACUUGCUUCUGGUCGAUUUUCAGAAAGCGUUUGACUCAGUCUCCCGCAGCUUCCUCUUCCAAGUGCUGCGGGGCAUGGGCUUCCCUGACCGCUUUGUGGGGUGGAUCGAGGGCCUGCACAGAGACACGAAGACACGGCUGUUAGUAAAUGGAUGGCUGGGUGAGGGGCUGGAGGUGGUCUCGGGGGUUCGGCAAGGAUGCCCUCUAGCUCCCUAUCUCUUCCUAUUCGCGGUAGAGCCGUUGGCGCAGGAGGUGGAGCGUAGGAAGCUUGGUUUGUCUGAGGCGGGGUGGCAGCUUGGUUAUCUGGGCUACGCGGAUGACACGACGCUGGUCCUGCAGGGGAAGCAGCAGAUUAUCAGAGCGGUGCAGCUGUUGUCGGAGUUCGAGAAAGUCUCGGGGCUUGCGACAAACGCGGAUAAAACGGUGGUCUUACCUUUGGGUGUCAAUACUCGGGUCAAUGGCGAUACUUUGCGCGGUUUCAAGCGCGCCGGCGCGGACGAAGCAGAGAGGCUGCUGGGCGUCUGGGUGACUCCCUCCGGCAGUGGUUUACCGACCUGGGAGAAGGCGCUGGGGCACAUCAGCGGGAAGUUAGUCAAAUGGAAGCAGAAGUAUCUCACAACUUCGGCAAGAGCGACGGUGGUGAACAGUUACAUCACGCCGAUAAUCGCCUUUCAGGCUCAGGUGUACUCGCCCCCGGCAGCCAUCUGGGAAGAGCUGAUGAGAUUGAUCCAGGGCUUCAUCUCCGGAAAUAGGGUCUCGGGAGCGAAGGGCUUCCAGCUCCGGAGCAGGGAGCUGCUGUUCAAGUCCAGGGCGGCCGGGAGGAUUGGGGUUAGGGACCCGGAGAUGAUCAUCAUGUGUCUGGCUGCGAGGCUGUUCCUCAUUGAGCGCAACUCGUUGAAGAAAGAGAUCAUGGCGCUGGCGGCGGGUCUUCCACUGGGGGCGGACACCUUUGAGGCGCACGAGAAGUUGAUUAAGCACUGGUCUGGCCGCGGCAUCCGCUGGAAGCAGACGUGUGAAUUUUUCAUGCGGUCUCCCUUCGGGACUCGGGCCCCAGCUGGUAGCAGGGAGGAAGUGUUGCGGGAGAGAAUCUUUUUUAAUCGAGAAGUUCUACUAAACGGCUCCACGCCUGUCGGAGGGCAACAGGACGCUCAGAGACUGAAAGGGGUCCGCCUGGGCGAUUUGCUGGUGCAGGGGACUGACGGGGAGCUUGACCUGAAGGCCAUGGCGGCGUUAUCUCAGCAGCUGGGGGGUAACGGCCCGGCUAAGCUUGCUCUCAAAGCACUGAAGGCUUUGCCAGCCACUUGGCAGAGCCUGCUGGGCUUCCCGACUGUUCCUCCCUGCUCGGCUGACUCCCCCCAGAGGCUGGUGGUGGUGGAAGGGGGUCGGGUUGUGUCUGAGAGGCGGAUGAAGGAGGGCUGGCGUGGCGCAGAGUAG